AUGUCUCUUGAAGAAGAGGAACCUUUGGACCUUGGCAAUGACCCUAGCUACAGAGUCUUGGAUGAAAACGUAACAAGCCUGAUGGGGCGACUGUUGAAUCCUGAGUGUCAAUCAAUGGCACGAAUGAUUGAUUACAUGCCCACGGCAUGGAGGGUGACUGGUAGAGUUAGAGGUAUCGCUCUAUCAAGAGACCGGUUUCAGUUUAUAUUUCAGAGGGAAGAGGAUCUAAUUACGGUACUGAACGACAGACCAUGGUCUUACAACCAUUGGGCCAUGGCGCUGGAGCGGUGGACUGCUUCUCCUCCCGAGGAUUUCCUACAUUCUAUGAUGCUUUGGAUCCGUAUGCGGAACAUUCCAGCAGAUUUUUUCACAACAAAAACAAUGCUGAAGCUAGCUUCGGAAAUAGGAGAAGUUGAAGAGCUAGCGUACGAUCCGAAAGUUUAUCAUACGAAGGACUACAUCAGGGCUCUGGUAACAUUCAAAACAGAUAACCCUUUGAAAGCCUCGAGGAAGUUAACUAUUCCGGGAGAAGUGAUCACCAUUGGGUUUGAAUAUGAGAAAAUACAUAAGAGAUGUUUUCACUGUCUUCGUAUGACCCAUGAGAAGAUCAGAUGCCCCUUGCUUAGACGUGGGAGUAACAAAGAUAGCUCUAAAAGCCUGGCUCGUGUAAUGGAAACGAACUCAAGAGGCUCAGCUCUUGUGGUUGAAUCUACUCCUAACCACCAAGCAACUGAGCCACCGAACAUGAGAGCUGAACCUUUGGAAGAUGACACGGAAAGGCUCGCGAGAAUUGAAAGAGUUAAGCAAGGAAUAGCUGAAACGUUAGAGAAUUCCUCGGCUAGGCUCCCAAAAAUUACUCAGAAUUUGGAUAAAGGGAAAGGCCAUGUCUUCGACUUCUCGGAACCGUCUGGAAAACGUCUCCAGUUAUCUGGUAGAGACCAUGUGGAACUGCCGCUGAACAUGGAGAGGCUAGAUAACGAAACAGAGUCUGCUUCCUCCUCUGCCCCCAGUCACACUUUCUCUGCGCCAGCUCUGGUUGCAACGGGUUUUCACUUUGGCCCCUCCUCGGAGGGGCGAGUCACCAGGAACCAGAGUACGGUAAAAUCUCAGAGGAGACGCCCACCCUCAUGGAAGAGAAAGACUCAGGCCAAACAAGACAAUGGAGCAUCUGUUUCUUCAGCAAACCCAUCAGCAGUGUCCUCACAAGCGAUGAAGAGGAAAUCGGCUUGUCCUCUGUUGUCGUCCGAAAACAAAACCCCAAAAACCUCAGAACCUACGGUGGCUUCCGUAUUGAAGCCGCUGCUUCCCUAA